GGAGGAGGAGGAAGAGGAAGGGGGUGGGGGGGGCGCCGCCAUGAGGGCGCUGCGGGCGGGCUGCCGCUGGUGGCCCCGCGCCUGGAGCAGCUCCUCCGCCGCGCCCGGCGGCGCCCGCAAGCCCCUGAAGGAAUGGGAGCUGGCGGUCGGCCCCCGGGGGCGGCUGCGGGUGCGGCUGCCGUGCGAGGUGAGCGUGCGGCCCCUGGAGCCGCGGAGCCGUCCGGGCUCCGACCGCCUGCUGCUGGUCACCGUCCGCGGCGACAAACGGGACCCGGAGCGCGUCCGGGUGCGGUACGACGAGGAGCUGCAGCUCGCCGCCAUCGCGGCCGACGGCGUGGGCAGCGGGGCCGCCGUGGAGGUCCGGGCGCCGGCUGAGUUCGAUUUGGAUAUCAAAACAUCAGGGACUGGCUGUGUGAAGAUCCAGAAAAUUGAAUGCAGCAACUGCAGAAUAGAAACUGAGAAGGGGACUAGUGUCUUGCAGUCAAUAAAGAGCCAUAAAAUCGACAUACGAACAAAAGGUGGCAAAGUAAUAGGUCUUGGAACACUUUGUGGAAAUACAGAUAUUCAUGCAACAGAGAAGGGUAGUGUGAAUAUAGAGAAGCUGCAGGGGACGUCCAUCAACAUAACCACGGAAGAUGGGCUGCUGAAAACUAAGUAUCUCUAUGCAGAGUCUUCAUCUCUCUCAUCAGUAACUGGUGAUAUUCUGCUGGGAAGUAUUCAUGGUAACACCAGCCUUCAGACCAAAACAGGGAGUAUCACAGUAGAUUCAUCAGAUGGAAGUCUAAAAGCUUCUACACAUCAAGGGGCAAUAGAUGUUUAUGUCAGUCAACUAAGAGAAGUGGAUCUGAAAUCCCAGAAAGGUUCUAUUACAGUCAAGGUACCUGCCUCUCUCAAAGCCUAUUUAGAGCUGUCUGGAAGAAAAGUGGAUGUGAGCUCAGAGAUCCAGUUAAAAGAUACACAAAGUGCCUCCAAAGAUGAUCACGUUACUUUAAGUGGUCACAUGAAUCAAAGUAAUGAAACAGACAAGUGGAUCAAGGCCGACACAGAAAGUGGCGAAGUACGUCUUAAAAGCCAAAGCUGGAUCCAGUCUGUCAAGCUGAAGAUUUCAUAAAGGCAAAAUAGCUAAGGUGAUCAAAUCAAGAAAUUAUAAAGGAACAGUUCUCUAAAACUAAGAAACAUUGUUGAUACAAAUUCUUAUAAGAGACAAACACUAUUUAAAAGGAGGGCUUUUUAAACUAAGAUUUGCCUGUGACAGUGGCUAGUUGUUAACAGGUUUGGUUUACUUUUACUGUCUUUUAGGAACUACACCAUUUAACGUAUUCAGAAUUGUAUAUCCAAGUCUGUCUAAAAGCUGGUAACUUCCAAAUAAAAGUUGGGGGUGAUAAAAA